GUAUCUUUUCUCAUUGCGCAGCCCCCCUUGUCUUUAAAAGGCUAAACGCUCCGUACUAAAUUUGGUCAUGCUGCGGCUCCAAGAUUCCCUGGAAUGUCCUCAAGUUUCAAACAGCUCUGACAGGGAGGCAGACCCGCCUGAGGCCUCCGCUGAUUGGUUCCUCGGACGGGGGCUGUGAAGCUCUUGGCUCUUAUUGGUCAACUGUUAUACCAGCGGGGUCUUCUCUUUAUAACCAUUAUUCCCCCGGGCAGAAGGGAGGCUGCUUCGAUUUAACACUUCAGCACCUGCAUCAAGAGAGGGGAAAGUAGCCACUCGCUUAUCCAGUUUGCGGAUUUGCUCCCAAGUCCAUUCUCUCUCAUCCAAAUCUCCAAACUGAGCCCCUUCACCUGCUCUCCCACGAGUCCAGGGCCCCUCCUCCCCUCUCCGAAUUCACGCACACACCGCUUUGAGCUGAGCUCCAUCUCUUCAAGAUGUCCAAGGUAGCCAAGUACCGCAGGCAGGUGAGCGAAGAUCCUGAUAUUGACAGCUUGCUGUCUACGCUCUCUCCGGAGGAGAUGGAGGAGCUGGAGAAGGAGCUGGAUGUGGUGGACCCAGAUGGGAGUAUUCCCGUGGGGCUCCGGCAGAGGAACCAGACAGACAAGCAGUCUACAGGCUUGUACAAUCGUGAAGCCAUGCUCAAUUUCUGUGAAAAGGAGACCAAGAAACUUAUCCAGAGGGAAAUGUCAAUGGAUGAAAGCAGGCAAGUGGAGACCAAGACAGAUGCCAAGAAUGGAGAUGAGAAGGGUAGGGAUGCUGGUAAAAAAGCCCUUAGUUUCAAACGGGACUCUGACCUGGGAAAAGAACAGAAGAAGGACAGUCCAAAGAUAAGCCAACAAAAAGAGAAAGAUGAAGCAGAUGGCAAACGCAGAGAGAAAUUCAAGGAUGACAAAGUCCUGAGGGGCAUAGACAAAGGCAGGGUCAAGGCUGCUGUGGACAAGAAAGAGACAGGGAAGGAUGGGAAAGGAGAAGAAAAAACAGUGGCAGCAAAGAAAGCAGAUGAGAAGAAAGGGAUUGAAAGGAGCAGAAGUGUGAGCAAUGACAAGGAGAAGAAGGGAGAAGACAAGAAUGAAGGAGAUAAAAAAAAGGAAGAAGAGAAAGUGAAAACAGGGAGUGGCAAAGAAGAGGUCAAAAAGGAAGAUGGGAAAGUUAAGAAGGGGGAGCCCGCCACCCCAAAGGAGCCCAAGGAUGAUGGCAAGCACAAGAAUAUUAAGGCUGCAGAGUCUGAGAAGCCAGUCUCCAGUAGCCCUUCCAAGGCCCCAGAGACUCCUGCCAAGGCCCCAGAGACUCCGGCUAAGGCGGAAGAGGAAGCGGCCCCUAGCAUAUUUGAUGAACCCCUGGAAAAGGUGAAGAACAAUGAUCCAGAGAUGACAGAGGUAAAUGUCAACAACUCAGAUUGCAUCACAAAUGAGAUCCUGGUCAAAUUCACCGAGGCCCUGGAAUUCAACACUGUGGUCAAGGUGUUUGCCUUAGCCAACACUCGGGCCGAUGACCACGUGGCUUUUGCCAUCGCCAUCAUGCUCAAGGCCAACAAGACCAUAACCAGUGUCAACCUGGACUCAAACCACAUUACUGGCAAAGGCAUCCUGGCCAUCUUCCGGGCUCUGCUCCAGAACAACACACUGACAGAGCUUCGCUUCCAUAAUCAGAGACACAUCUGCGGGGGCAAGACAGAGAUGGAAAUCGCCAAGCUCCUCAAGGAGAACACCACCCUCCUCAAACUGGGCUAUCACUUUGAACUGGCGGGUCCCCGGAUGACCGUCACCAAUCUGCUCAGCCGCAAUAUGGACAAACAGAGGCAAAAGAGGCUGCAGGAGCAGAAGCAGGCACAGGGUGCGGGUGGGGAGAAGAAGGACCAGCUGACAGUGCCCAAGAUUGGGACCCUGCCCAAAGGCUCCCCUAAGCCAUCUCCACAGCCUUCCCCAAAGCCCUCCCCGAAGAACUCCCCCCAAAAGGGUGGUACUCCUGCCGCCCCACCCCCACCUCCACCUCCCCUGGCUCCUCCCCUCUUGCCAGAGAACCUGAGGAAUUCCCUUUCUCCAGCCACCCAAAGGAAGAUGGGGGAUAAGGUCCUCCCAGCACAAGAGAAGAACUCUCGGGACCAACUGCUAGCUGCCAUCCGUUCCAGCAACCUCAAGCAGCUCAAGAAGGUGGAAGUGCCCAAACUGCUUCAGUAGGACGAGGGGCCUGGGGACAGUGUCUGCCCAUCCCAUAACUGUGCUCAGACCAAGCCUCCCAGAAUGAUGCAGACCUCCCCCAACCUCAGCUUCCUGCUGUGGAGGAACCUACUCUGUGAAGGGAGUACCAGGAGACAGGCCAAUGACCCUGAAGUCCAGGCCAUAUUCAAGGAAAGACACCUCCUUUAAGUUCACCUUUCUUUUCUUAUCUUUGAGAUGCUCCAAGGAUUUCUUUUCCCUGGAAUAGAGGGUUCUGGACUAUGAGUCAACCUCGUGUGCCACUCAGAAGGUGGUACUAUUCCUGGGCACCAUGUUCCCAGCUAGCCAUGGAAGACCUGUGGCUAGAGAGAUGCCCUGCAAGGACCACAUGACACUCUUCUUCCUUUCCUCCCAAAACCUGCUGCUCCUGUGGCUGGGAUUCGGCUCUUCGAGGAGCCCGGGAGACACAGUUGAUGGGGUUGGUGGGUCUCUGAAUGUGGCACUGCCAGGAGAAGGGAGAUGGCUUGGUAUGGAAGAGUGGAGAUGAACAGGAGGCCAAAAGGAAUCAUAUUUGUUUAGGCUGCACAUAAUUGGGAAGAAUUUGGGAGUUUUCAGAAAGAAAUGAAAGUGAUAGGGAGUCACCCCCAAAUCUUUGGAUCCAAAAAGGGAGCAGCAAUGCUCCUGGAAUGUGGCUGGGUUGAUUGGAAAGGAAGUGGUGGGAACAGCAGUGUUCUGGAUUGACUUUUCAGGGGUUGAAAUAGAGGGGAAGGGGAAGGGGCUGCUGGGCAAGAAUGAGAGAGGGGCAAACCCAGAAUGACAGUUGGUCAUACCAGAUACCAACAGACAUGUCCCUCAUAUCUACUAGCUACUGUAUAGGAUAGCUGUGUAUCUGUUUUUUCCAUAAGAUUUUGAUAAUAUAUACAAACCUUUAGCUGCCUAAGAUUGUAUUUGCUGCAAGGGUUCCAGGCUUUGGACUUAGAGGCAAGUGAACACAUCUUGCCAUUUCACCUCCUCUUUCCUCCGGAGACUCUGGAAAGAAGGCCCUUAACUGUGCACUUAAGCUAACCCCAACAGCUAAGAUUUGAACUUAUCUUAUAAGAUUGGGGAGCGAGGGAGGAGGGAGGCAGGGGAGAGGGAGAGGAAGCUGGGAGAGAGCCUGGAGAGGUGCUUGGAAGUUUCCUGGGCCAGGGUAGGUAGAACCCAACAUAUUCUACUAUAAAAUGGAGGCCCUUUGUAAAUGCACUUCAUUUUAAACAUUUAAUAAUUUCCUGAGAGACAGUGAGGGGUAAUGGAUAAAGAAGUGAGUUUAUCUUACUUUGGAUUCAUGCUGGCUAUAUGAUCCUGGACAAGAUUUCUAACCUCUCAGCGUGCUCUGAAUAAUACAGAGAAAGGGCCAACCUGCACUGUUCGAUGGAGCUCCUUCUUCAGCCCAAUAAAACCACAGGCCUAGUCUCCAACCCUCUUGGGAAGUACCUAUUAUAUCUUUGCCAGUCUAUCAGGCUAUCAGUGGUUGGAGCCAUUAAAUGGGGUAGGGAGGGAAAAGGGAGAAUGUCAGCAGGAAGAGUCAGAGAGGAACCUUUCAAGGAACCAAAAGGUCCCUACUGACUUGUGUACUUAACACCCAGAAACCUCACAGCUUCUAGUAUGUUCACUAUUGAGAGGCAUAAAGUAUAAGGUAUCCAAAGGGUUAGGGGUGGAAGACACUGAUAGGAGUUAGUUCUUAGGCAAUUAAAAGAGGCUGACAGGAGAACAGAGUUCCCUAAGAUGCCUAUAUUAGGCAUUUUCAGAGAGAAAGAAACUCAUUCCAUUUCUCUGCCUAACCAUGGGCUAUGGGCCAAUUCUCUACAGAGGCCACAAGGCAGCAAAGGAAAUGACCUCUGGGCAUGGAAAGGAGCUAGAGUGGACACUGAGGAGAUAUAGGUCUAUAGGGAAGAAUAGCCUUUGUCCUCCCCACAUUUUCUUUUUUCCUACCCAAAGUCAAUAGCUGCUCUUCUGAUCAGCAGUCCCACCCACCCACCCCUUCUCUGAUAAGUGUUUAAUAAGUUUUCCCUCUGGUCUCCACAGAUAUUUAGAUUUUCUAGUAUAGAUAAUUUUAUAGACUCAUUGAAUACACCCACUAACUCUCAUGAAAGGACCAUCUAUAGGCUAAUCAAUCAAAAAAAAUUUAUUAAGUACCUACUAUGUUCCAGAUAGGGAAGCUAGGAGAUGAAUGGAAAGAACA